GGGUUGCUGUCCCUACCGAGGAACAAUUUGGCCACAACAACGAUUUCCUGCGAUAAUCAACUGAACAUUUCCAUCGAGCAAGCAGCACCCUCCACCUCGAAUCCCUUUAUAUUGGACGCCAUACCUGAUUUCGCGCUCACUUGGCCGUCAAAAUUCUGGCUUGCCACAACCAAACGGCGCAUUCAUGCUGCUUCGGAAUCGGCUCUUGUCUAGUUUUCAAUUCGGUAUUAUCAGCUAAUUCGGUGCGGACCAUUGGUGACGAUGCUCGACGAGUUGCUACAUCAUCUCGUGGCAGAGAUGGCCAUGGAUGGCGAGGAAGGCUGCUCCGUGGCCCGGUUGGAUGGAUUCAUUGAGUCUUACUACGCUCGCCGCCGAGCUCGUUUCCCCGCUGAACCCACUCAGUUUGUCGAUGAGGCCUACAAAAACUUCGUCUGGGGGAAACUUUGUCAACUAGAACCAGUCAGGCUAGGUGUCCUCGAACCCGCCCCAAUUUCCAGCGAAGUGGUCGAGGAUGACUCGACGCAGGAACCCAACUCAAACGUGACGAGCUCAGCGUCCAACGAAAAUCCUGCCUCCAAAACUUUGCAAAUACCCAUAAUCGCAUCCAAGGCCGCAAACAAGAUGACCCAGCGUCCUAACAGGCUCACCAAGUCAACGAAGAAUCGAAACAAAACUGAAGUCGGUUCAAAUUCAAAAAACGCGGAUGCCAACUCUCCUUGUCUGAGCAUCGGUCAGUUGCGAGCACUAGAGACGGGCAAAGUUCAAAAAAGUUUUCAAGUUCCUCGGACACAAGAACUCAAGAAAGCCACAGCUACUUCUAAACAAAUCAUCACCCCAUCCUCUUCCGUUUGGAGAGAAUUGAGUCCUUCUUUGGUCACUCUACCGAGGGAUGAACUUCUGGCGAGAUUCGGUCUAGGCGAUGAUGGCGAAAGCAAGUUGAAGAUAGCCGUUGAUCCAAUGACCUGCUGGAAAGCCGUCGUUGGUACUGAUACUCGGAGUCCCCGCUUGACGCCAUAUGUAUACCAAGUUCUUUCGAUUGUGGCUCAAGGCAGGGAAGCUGGUGCCACAGUAAUCGAAUUGGGCCGCCAUCUGAAGCAUGACCAGAAAUCCCUUUUUCACUUUGUCAAAGUUCUUACCGACCUUCAACUGGUUGUCAAGUUCCGAGCGUACCAACACAAAGCAUGGACCAAUCGCGUGGUUCACAGGCGCUAUCUGGCCACCUCUGAGUGGUACCAAAACUCUAUCAGAAAAGAUGAAGACCACCCAACCUCCUCAACCCAAACUCCUGGUUUCGAGUUCGAUGAAUACGGUCUCGCUCGCAUUGAACAGCCCAACACUUCUUCCUUCUCAAACAACGUCACCGAGAAUCUAACUUUGGAUGGCGUCAUUAAUUCUGUGACAACCGAUGAUCCACCUAAGGCAGUGAUGUCUCCGAUAAACAAGGAAUUCCUCGCCGUAAAUGAGAACUUAGUAAAGACAAGAAUGUUUACCGUCCUCAAAAGGAAUCCAGAUAACACGAUGGUUCAUGCCGAUAUCAUCAAAGCCAUUGGUAUCAGCACUCCAACAAAAGACGAACGAAGGAGGCUUAAUCGAUUGAUUGAUGCCUACAUCAAGCGCGGACUUUUAGAAAGAGUGGCGAUAGUAAACACAAGUGGGCACACCCCAUGCAUUCGAUUGACUGCCGCUGGUGAAGAGUCGAUGUGUACUCCUUCAACCCAACCAAAACCAACUACAAAGGAGGUUGUAGAUCAAGAGCUCGAGGAGGAAUUAAACGUCUUGCCUCUUACAAGGUCAAUUGGACAAACCGUAUAUGGCUUACUAGAAAAUGCGGGGCAAGAAGGAAUUAUAUAUAAGACUCUGUGCCACAAACUCAAUGACCUUGAAGCUCGAACAGCAGAGCAAAUUUUAACCAGAAUGGAGCGUGAACAAGGUCCUUCGCAUCUAUCUGGCGUCAAAGUAUCCAGUGUGCUAGAGACACUCGGUCGAGAAAAGCGAGUGAGAUGGUUCAGUGCCCAAGGUUUGAAGACAAAGUGUGAAGCCUCUGGCAUCAUGCUAGCUGCUGACGACGAGGACGCACGAAAUUCGAACCGUGGCGGAUUCAUAGACAUUAAUCCUUCAACGCUUCCUGGAAAGUUUUAUGAAAACGCCGCUCAGCUAUACAGCCAAACGGUCCCAGAACCGAAAGGCAAUUGGGGAAAACAGACGAAGAAAGCCAGUCGGGCCCCGGCAGUGGCACGUCGAGGCAAAUCUUCUCAACGGGCGGGCGGUUUGGAGAGGAAUUCUUCGCAGGCAACAAAAGGUGCGGGAAAGGAUUCUGCUCCCGAGGCACACACGACAGAUGUACCUGAUGGCUCGAGUGGUAGUGUUCCCACCAAGCGCGUAAUUCCCGAGAGCUCCUCUGUGGCAAAGCCGAGGAAGCGUUCAAAGCUUGGGCCUGAUUCAGGUCCAUCUAGUAUGGUGGCCGAGCCAUCACCGUCCGAAACACCUGUAGAGCACACCGAGCCGGAAGCGGCUCAGUUACCUCCUCAACCUGGUGCUUCAGCUUCAUCCCAACCUUCCAAUGGACCUCUUCCCGAAAAUUCCCCACCAUCUAAUACAGAGCACAACGAGUCAGAGGCCCCCAACGCGCCGCCAGCCGCUGAUAUCCCAGGUUACAUACUCAAAGCACGUGGUGCUCGUCAAAACCUGACCUCGCUUCACCGUGAAUAUCACUUACUUGAAGCCAUCAAAUUUGCAGGCGGGAUAGUGGAAAAGACCAAUGAGUUGGCCAAAGCCGUUCGAGACCUCGUUGAUCGAGCGGAUCAAGAUCAUGUGGUCAGUUUGAUGGAUAGUCGAACAUUGAACUGUGCUCUCCAUGGUCUCGAAACAAGGAAGGAAAUCAAAUUAACUACAGUGUUAGUGACCGAUGCGCUGGGUGCUUCUUGCCACCGGAAGAUCAUAUACCUACCUAGUAUCCCAUUAGAUGGUCCGGAAAUGAGAAAGUGGUUAGAUGAUAUGAAAGUGCGAUUCAAAACACUCGACAAAGCAACUGAAGCACGUGUACGUCAGCACAAAGAUUUCGCCUCUCCAGUACAUCGCCUACCUCCGAGAUCAACCAUCGACCCUUCACCUUUGCCUAACGCAAUAGGUGUCAAUGAUGAGGCUCUUCACGCUGCAUUUUUAAACCAAUGGCGAUGCUUGUCCCAGCUCUACGGAUUUGUUUUGGGCAAGGCCGCUCGGGCAAAAAUUCUCCAUUUGCAUAUUUUAAAGUCAUUCAAUGACUCCAGUCGAGCCUCGUCUUCAAAAUUAACAAUCAAAUCUGGUCAUCGAGUUUUCUCCUCUGGAUUCCUUUUCCAAGAACUACCGGUCGGUGUGUUUGCCAAAUUAGUCCCAAUCAUGGCAAAGAGCGAAGAAUUCGAAAAAUUCCGUGACACGCCCGGGGCUAUGGAAAUGCCAAUGAGCAACACUCCGCUAGCAAUCAGGCGACUAUUCCAAAUAGGAAACCAAUUCUCGCGCGUCAAAGUCUACCAAAUAGUCGAAGUUCUGUACUAUCUGAAGCUAAUAGUGCCAUUGCAGAAGAGCUCAGACGUCUCCGAGUAUUAUCGCAUCGCAGAAAACGGAGAGGCAUCUUAUUUUUCUCCUUGCCAGAUGUGCACAAGUGUUGGGCUGUUUUGUCUAGUGAAUGAAGGCCAUGUACAUGGUUUUAAUCAACGGUCUCAAAACCCACCACCUGUACUAGCCAAAUGGCCACUGAAAGAUGAGCACGAUGGUCAACUUUAUUGGGAAGAACUGAAACGGGCUUCAAUACCAAACCCUGAUGCACCUCCGACUACAAAUGCCGUCGAAUCGGUCGGAGACGACAAACUGUUCAGCGGGCCUCCGAAAAUCUUACAGAUGCUAACCGACCAAUCGAAGUGGCGGGAUGGUAUCCAACUGACGCCUACGCAGCGAGAAUAUAUAGUCAGAAUCGACAGACAGACCAGUUUGACCCAUGACCUCGAGACAGAUGAUGAAAUGGUUUCUAAAAUCGCACAUAUAUUGGUCACCGUUCCCGAGGCUGUGCGACAAGCAAUACGAACUUAUAGAGAGGCAGCGGCGUUGGCCCGUGCUAAGAAAGCUCAGAAAGCCCUCAACCAGCCACCCAAAAAAAGGAUGAAAAAACGGGCACCGGAGGUCGAUGCCGAGAAAUUGAAAUCCGCACAGGAGAAGGCUGCGAGAGUACUAUCUGACAAGGCUAAAAACGCUCUGAAGCAGAAAGAAGGGGAUUGGAAUUCGAUCAUUAAGCGGUUCAAAACGCAAUCCGGCAUCACGGAAAUUGACGAAGUGGUGCUAAAAGAUUUGCAUACAUUAUUCACCACGAAUAAUGGGGGUAUCAAUGCCAAUCAACUCGAGAACGAAUUGGUGACAUGGCUCAAACGGAAGAAAGCUGCAGAGGAAGCUAAUUCAAGGGAAGUCGACAAGGGUAGUGAAUUAGUAGUCGAAAUAGAAAACAGUAUCGGUUCAUCAAAGCGCGACUUGUUACCUGCCCUGCCUUCAGCAAAGGCCAAGCGUAUCACAAUCUUAAAAUCGAAUGCCAAACCUCGAAGAUUGAAACCCAAAGAAGCACCCCAACUGCGCGUGCUUCCAGACAAACCUAAAAAGAUCAGUGCCGUUGCAGCUAAUGCCAUUCGGCCACAGCAAAACGUGGAGAUAGGGCUACGACCCUCACCUUGUCUGGUCAAGCCCGGUCAGCGGACCCGUAUAGAAUGGGAUGAUACUCUCGACGAUUUUUUGCAGGACAUGGUUGCGAUCAUGAGAGCAAGGGCGUUUGCGACUUGUGCUCAUGUUUUACCUUGGCCUAUCACCCUCGCAUUGUUCAAAGGGGCUCGGACCCACCUUCUCAGAAACCGACACGCAAAACUAGAACGCGACCCGAAAGAGAAGAAAUAUCUCGACCUUCUCACUGAAGCGUGGACGCAAGUGUACUUCGAUAAUCGCGGAAAGGUACCAGAAUUGGCAGACCCAACGCCCCGAGUCCCUGCUGCAUUUGAUGGGGGGCCUGCAUUGGACUACCUUCGGUCUAAUAUUGAUAAAGCUUAUCUACGAUCCCAAGUCAACAUCUCAGAACAAGACGAAGAAAAGUUCCCUGGACAUCCCUUGCCCCGUACAUAUGAUGGACUUCGAUCUAAUUACAAAGUCAAAAGGAUGGUUGUCUCGCGACGUUCAGAACGAUGGGAUGAAUUCCACUCGUUCUCAAAUUCGGUCGUCCGUGAGAUGAACGUGAUCACCGAGGCGUUCACGGCAUCGUGGCCAAAUGGAAUUGUAUCUAAGGCGAAACGUUCAGUACCACAUCGAGUACUUCGAGCGUGUGAGGCUAUCAAACUCCUCACCUCAACGCCUAUCAAAACAUACUCUGAACCUGUUGCUGCGGCGGUACUAUCACACUAUACCGAUGAUUUGCUGGUCCGUGCUACGGACUACCUUUGCCUGAAAGGUGUUAUAGCUAUCGGAGGUAAAUUGCAUUACAAGAAACGACUCCCUGGCCGUAGCUACUGUUACACAGACAAAUAUAUAUCGAACCCUGAUAUCAGAGCUUUACAAGGCCCCAGGAAUAGCUGUCUAGAACGUCUGCGAAGUGACUCAGUGUCGAGCUCGAAUGGUGAAAUGACAUGGUCGUUGCUUGCCACUGAUACUGAGACUGCUUCAUUACUGCAUGCUUAUUCUCGAGGAGAAGUUACGCUCCAAAUAGCCCACAAUCCAAAUCGCUCGAAAAUUUGGGACAGUUCCAACUACUAUCGUACCAGAAAACUUGAUGAUAGUUGCAUCGAAGGUGUGGUUAAAGUGAUAUUUCACGAAUCUCUGGCUGAAGAAAUUAUGCCCUUUGCGAGCUUGCAGCCACCGCUAGAUCAAUUAGAUCUCGUUUACCAAUCUGUACUUCAAGCCGGCGCUGAGGGGCUCACACCCCAGGGCUUGAUAGACCAACUAUCAUCUCAGAUUUCCAAAGAUUCAUUGGCCUGCUGUGUCCAAACUCUGACGAAAAUGGAACCGCCAAAACUACAUUGGACGUGCGAUGAGGAAACCGUAAUACUAUUCUCUUCGGAGUAUUUAGACAAUUGGGCCGACAAAGUAUAUGUGAAAGCGCCAACUGAUCCUACGAACAAGGACGAGGACGAGAAUCAAAAGACUCGAGUCAUUCCAAAGGAUCCGGGCUAUGUUAUUCCUCGGUUAUGGCUUGAUUUGUCGGGGAACGUGGUCGAAGAUUUACGGCAGCUUUGUAUGGACCGAGUCGAGAGCAUGAUCCAUAUGCUUCCGGGAUUACCUUAUUGCGAAUUGAGAAGACGCACAAAAUUGAACCUGAACCCGUUGGAGUUGGAUGAUAUCUUGGAGGAACUGAUCCGACUUGGCAAAGUUGUCGAUCAUGAAUAUACACCCGGUCAUCAGAUCAAUGCUCGUUGGGUUCGAGGCCUGGAUUGCCAGAGUCACUUUUGGACCCCGGCUUGAGAUCAUCUGUCUUUAUUUUUGUGGGGUGUGAAUAGAUCUGCAUAAAUCAAAAUGAUUGCUCUAAUACAUUUUCAAGACGAAUCAAAUUUUCAAUUAUGCCUUAUUUAUAUAAUAUCUUUGUUUUUAAAUUUUUGACCUGAUGCCAUAAUAGAAGUGAUGCCUUUGAUGUUUUCAGAGCCC